AUGCGAGUGAAUGUGUAUGUGUGUGUGCAACUAGGGUUGUUUGGAGUGAGGAGUGUCUUUGGGAGUCAUCGCCGUCGCAGGGUCGCCGUCGCUGGGUCGCCGUCACUGCCUCGCUGGGUCGCCGUCGCCGAGGAACAAUCCAUUCACCGAGAAGCAGUCCUGUCACCGAGCAGCAGUCCAGUCGCCAAAAAAGACUCCAGUGGCCGUCGCAGUCCAACUCGAGCGCCGAGCAGCACUCCUGUCACCAAGCCAUCUCCUGCAGAAAGCAACUCCACAAUGUCUUCUUCGGAGCUAUUUAUUGUUGUUGCUGCUGCUGAUAAUUUUAUUUAUACCAAUUCCUAUGAAUCUGAACUUGUUCUAAAGUUGGUGACUGUUAAUGAUGCUUGUUUUGUUGGACUGUUAGAGCUGUUAAUGAUGCUUAUUUUGGUGCCAACAAGCAAUGAGGUGCCCAGUGAGCAGACGCCUGAAGUUGGGGGUGAAAUUGUUGAGUCCGCGGUACGUUCUUCAACGGACAGCGGCGUGCUUACCAAACCCCCGCCCCAUCCUAGAUCAAAGAAGAUGAAGGUUUAUUCAACUAAUGUGGGUGCAAAUCCGGGAGCAACUCCAACAAAUCCAUCUCCAAGCACUGUGGAAACUGAUGAAGAGGAUAGCAAGGAUGAAGCUAAUGAAGGUAACAGAAAACCUUCUAGACCUAGAUCUUGGACUUGGGAACACUUUACAAGGGAUCCUAAGUCCAACCCAUCACAUCCUAGGGCUAAAUGUAAUUGGUGUGGUGCAUCAUAUGCAUGUGACUCUCAUAGAAAUGGUACAACUAAUAUGCGUUAUCAUUUGUUAAACCAAUGUAAAAAAUUUCCUAGGGAGUCGGGUGACCCUAGUCAAACAAUCCUUACCUUCCAACAAAAAAAAGAGGGUGAAGGGGUAUUUACUGCAGUUACUUUUGAUGCUGAAAUGUGUAGAAAAGCCCUUGCUAGGAUGAUAAUUGUUGAUGAGCUACCAUUCAAGUUUGUUGAGGGGGAGGGAUUUAGAUUCUAUAUGAGUAUUGUGCAACCUAGAUUUCCACUUCCGGGAAGGAUUACUGUUGCUAAGGACUGUUGGAAUCUCUAUAUUAGUGAGAAGAAUAGGUUGAAAACUGUGUUCAAGCAACCGAAUCAAUCUGUUUGUUUAACUACUGAUUGUUGGACUUCUGUGCAAAAUCUGAAUUAUAUGUGUCUCACUGCUCAUUACAUUGAUCAUGAUUGGAAAUUGCAAAAGAGGAUUAUUAAUUUUUGUCUUAUUAAAAACCACAAGGGAGAAACAAUUGGUAGAAAGAUUGAGAGAUGUCUUUUGGGGUGGGGGAUAUCUAGAGUGUUCACAAUUACUAUUGAUAACGCUAGUUCUAAUGAUACUGCAAUAUCUUACCUAAGAACCAGAAUGGAGGAUUGGAAUUUACAUCCUAUGAAAGGAGAGCAUUUGCAUGUUAGGUGUUGUGCACAUAUUCUUAAUCUUGUUGUUAAUGAUGGAUUGAAAGAGAUGCAUGAAUCUAUUAGCAAGAUAAGAAAUGCUAUUAGAUAUGUGCGUGCUUCCCCUAGUCGUAUGAAUAGGUUCAAAAACUUCAUUAAGGAAGCUAGGAUACAAGACAAGUGUACUGUCCAACUCGAUGUUCCCACUAGAUGGAACUCUACAUACACCAUGCUUGAAAGUGGUUUGAAGUUUCAAAAGGCGUUCAAGAGGCUAGGGGAGAGAGAUACAGAAUAUGCUCUAAUGCAAGGUGGUAUUCCGAGGAAUAUUGAUUGGGACAAUGCAAAACACUUUAUGGAAUUCUUGAAAAUUUUUCAUGAUGUUACAAAGAGUGUGUCUGGUAGUUUGCUUGUGACUUCUUCUCAAUAUUUUCAUGAGUUUUGUAAGAUUUUGCGUGUGUUCAAAGCUUCUUGUGGUAGUCGAGAUCCAUUACUUGGGAGUAUGGCUGAGAGGAUGAAGCUUAAGUAUGACAAGUACUGGGGUAACAUUAAAAAUAUCAACAUGAUGAUUUUUGUUGCUGUGAUUCUUGAUCCUAGAUACAAGUUGAAGUUUGUCAACUUUAGCUUUGAAAAGCUAUAUGAUAAGGAUGAUGCUGAUUUUUUGGGUGCAAAAGUGAAAGAAACCUUCUCCAAGAUGUUUGAAUGCUAUAUGAAUGCAAAUAAUGGGGGAAGAUCUUUUACUUCAACAACAAUGGAUGGUGCAUCAGAUGUGGGAGUACCUGAUGGCGACAUGGCUGGUGAUUUUUUUAAGGAGGUGCAUUUUCAUGAAAUCAUCAACAAGAAUGAGGUGGAUUUGUAUUUGAUGGAUGGUUUAGAGAAGCCUGGUGAUCAAAAUACUUUUGACAUAUUGAAUUGGUGGAAGGUAAAUUCUAGCAAGUAUCCUAUCUUAUCCCAAAUAGCUAGAGAUGUCUUAGCAAUGCCGGUCUCAACUGUUGCUUCAGAAUCAGCUUUUAGCACUGGUGGAAGAGUGCUUAACAACUAUAGGAGUUCUUUAACUCCAAAGACAGUUGAGGCAUUGAUAUGCACACAAAAUUGGCUUCGUGCUUCUCCAAUGACAAUUGAUUUUAAUGAGCUUAUUGAAGAGUUUGAGAAACUUGAAUUAGAAAUUGCACCAACCGGAGAAGAUGAGGAUGAGUCUGGUGUGGAUUCAGAUUAA